UCGACAUACUCCACAAAUGAUCGUCAUGCAAGUUGCCGUCUCUUAAAACAGGUGUCGUUCACAUUGAUUGUGUGCGGUAGACUUGUGAUAAGACUGCUCGCAAUAAAUAAUUGUUUUUAUUCAUUAUUUACAUUAAACAGCACAAAAAUGUAUACAGGACUAUUGCAGCAUUUUGGUCACAGUGUAAGGUGCAUGGCCACAAAAGCCACACCGAAGGUCCAACUGAUCAACAAAAUUCUAAUAUCAAAUCGCGGCGAAAUAGCGUGUCGCGUUAUCAGAACAGCCCGCAAACUAGGCGUACGUACUGUGGCUGUCUAUUCGGAUCCCGAUGAGCACAGCCUGCACACCGAGUUAGCCGACGAAGCGUAUCGCGUUGGCGAGGCGGCGUCGUAUUUGCGCGGCGAGCGCAUUCUGGAGAUUGCCAAAAAGGUGGGUGCCCAAGCAAUUCAUCCUGGUUACGGCUUUCUCUCCGAGUCGGUGGAGUUUGCUGAGCUAUGCCAGAAAGAAGGUGUCAUAUUCAUGGGUCCACCCAGCUCCGCAAUACGCGACAUGGGCAUCAAGAGCACCAGCAAGGCUAUCAUGGCAGCUGCCGGAGUGCCCAUCAUUAAUGGCUAUCAUGGCGACGAUCAGUCGGAUGCCUGCCUGCAGGCAGAGGCUGCCGUUAUUGGAUUUCCCCUCAUGAUUAAGGCAGUGCGAGGUGGUGGCGGUAAAGGCAUGAGAAUUGCAGAGAAACCCGAAGAUUUUCUCACAGCAUUGAACUCGGCACGCACCGAGUCCCUGAAAGCCUUUGGAGAUAGUUCUGUGCUGCUCGAGCGUUACGUGCGCUCACCCCGCCACGUAGAGGUGCAGGUAUUUGCGGAUCAGUACGGUGAUGCUGUCUAUCUGUGGGAGCGCGAUUGUUCCGUCCAGCGGCGUCAUCAGAAAAUCAUCGAAGAGGCCCCAGCACCAGGUUUAUCAGAGGAACUGCGUCGUGAAUUGGGCGAAGCUGCCGUACGCGCCGCUAAGGCCGUGGGCUAUGUGGGCGCCGGCACUGUCGAAUUUAUCCUAGAUAAAGAGGAUCUAUCGUUUCACUUUAUGGAGAUGAACACGCGCCUGCAGGUCGAGCAUCCCAUAUCGGAGAUGAUAACCGGCACUGAUCUCGUCGAGUGGCAGAUACGCAUUGCCGCUGGAGAGCCAUUACCACUGACCCAAGCGCAGAUCACGCGCCGUGGUCACGCCUUCGAGGCACGCAUCUAUGCAGAGAAUCCUCGCGGCGGCUUUUUGCCAGGCGCCGGACCGCUGCGCUACUUGAGUACGCCAAAGCCCAAUGCCGAGGUGCGUGUGGAGACGGGAGUGCGAGAGGGUGAUGAGGUAUCUGUACACUACGAUCCCAUGAUUGCCAAAUUGGUUGUGUGGGGCGAGAAUCGCACGCAGGCGCUGAACUCGCUGAUUGCGCGUUUGGGUGAAUAUCAUAUUUCUGGGCUAGAGACAAACAUUAAUUUUCUCAUUGACCUGGCCUCGCACCCGGAGUUCCAGCUAGCCAAUGUACACACUGGCUUCAUCGAUCAACACUUUGAUACACUCUUUCCGCCAAUUGUAGUCAAAGAGCAGCAACUGAGCCAAGCCGCCCUUUCGCUGAUCUUUAAUGAGCUGCAGGCUGCCGGCAGCAAUGCCAGCAGCAGUCAGGAUCCAUUUGCUGCAGCAGCAAAUGUACGUCUCAAUUACGCGCUAAUUCGCAGCUACAAUUUGAAGGCACAUGACAAAGUUUAUGCUGUGGACGUUAAGUAUGAUAAUGGUAACAUUGAAAUUCGCGUCGAUGGCGGUGCUUGGCAAGUGGUUAAGGCCGAACGUGUCCAGGAUGACGGACGUUUGAAAAUACGUGCCAAUAUUGAUAACAAUAUUUCCACCUACAAUGCCAACAUUGAUGGAGCAAAUGUAACGCUCUUCCUAGAGAAUGGCAAAUUGGACUUCGAGCUGGUGCAGCCAAAGUUCCUAAGCGCUCAGGCUGAUCAGCUUGGCAGCAGCGGCUCCCGAGUAGUGGCACCCAUGCCUGGCGUCUUAGAGAAGAUCCUGGUCAAACCUGGCGACAUAGUCAAAAAGGGCGACAGUCUAGCUGUUCUUAUAGCUAUGAAAAUGGAGCACAUUUUGAAAGCACCAAAGGAUGCCACUGUUAAAUCAAUUGGCGGCGCCGUAGGUGACAACAUGGCCAAGGGUGCGGCAGUCAUAACAUUCGUUGAUGAGGACGCCAACUAAAGAAUCGAUGUGGUUUACCUGGGCAUACCAGGAAAUUGUUGCAUUUAUGCGUAAUAUUUUACUUGUUGCAUUUAUUUCUGUGCUUUUGAAUUGAUCCUUAAGCAGUUUUAGCUUUACCCACGUGCAUUUAUUAGAUUUAAGCGUAAAUAUUUUCAUCAAAUGGAUCAUUGUUGUAACUAAUCCUGUGACAAUAAAAAUAAUGGGUGUUU